CAUUGGAGCGGUGUGUAUUCAUCUUGGCUUGGCAUUACAAGUUUACUUUUGCUUUAGCAAAGCAGAUUUUGUUUCACAUUCAACUGAGGAAUCAAAAGAAAAUUUCUCCAGAGGAGGCAUAUUUAGUGUUACGAGAGGGUUCUGGACGGGGCCGACGGUCGGAUGGAGGACUACAUGCCACCGCGUUACCAGCUGCUGGGACGAAUUGGCGAAGGAGUACACGGGGUAGUGGUGAAGGCACGAGAUCUCAGCAAUGACGACAAUAUUGUUGCCAUCAAAAAACUGACACUGCGUACCAAGCAUGGCUGGAUUGCGCCGAAUGCAAUACGGGAAAUCAAGGUGCUGCAAAACUCGCAAUGUGAAAAUAUUCUUUCCCUUUUGGACAUGUAUCCCGACCUCUCCGGAAUGUCGCUCGUUUUCGAAUACAUGCCUCACACAUUGUACAGUAAAAUGAAAGACGAAGAACAUCCACUGUCACGGGGCGAAAUCCGACGCUACACUGCCAUGCUGCUGAACGGGCUGAAAUAUCUACACAACCUGAAAAUCAUGCAUCGCGACAUCAAACCGGCAAACCUGCUUAUCGACAAACGCGACGUCCUAAAAAUAGCCGACUUUGGGCUGGCCCGACUCUUCGACGACCAGCAGCCUGGGAAGGUGUAUUCGCCACAGGUAGCAACGCGCUGGUACCGGGCACCGGAAAUCCUCUGGGGUUGCCAAACGUACGGUCCGUCCGUAGACAUGUGGGCUACCGGAUGCGUGUUCGCCGAAAUGCUCCGGGGAGUGCCACUGUUUGCAGGUGUCACCGACAUCGAGCAGCUGGCGCUUGUCGUGCGAACGCUUGGCACACCGAACCUGAAGGAUUGGCCGGAGGUGCGGAGCCUGCCCGACUACAACAAAAUUCGUUUCCCCAAUGCGAGCGGCGAACGGUGGGAGGAUAUUUUUCCCAGUUUCACCUCAAAGUCCGAAAUAGGGCUGGUUGAUAGUCUGGUGACGUAUAAUCCCAGCAGCAGGCUGACGGCGGCGGAGGCUAUGCAACACCCAUACUUUACCGAAGGAGACAAAAAUUAGAUUGGCGCCAAUGGUGAAUUUUCGAUAAGCUCAAAGCGAAGUAAAUUCAUCAACUAUUAAUCGCCUGCGGGAUUCAAAAAAAUGCACUACUUAAUUCGUGUUAUAAUAGAUAGAAAAUAUUGACCUUGACGAUUUCGAAGUUUUAUUUCAAAAAAGUCUUUCUUCUCGUGAGUAACAACAAUUCAACACACAAAACCAUAAAUUGAACUCAGGCUUCAUUACAUAUCCUGUUGUAUUUGAAACAAGAAUUAAACCGUCUAGUCAGACUACCCCUAAUUCACAACCGUACGGUCGAAUAAAAGCAGCUGCUCUCAUUGUUACGAAAGAUGAAAAUUGAGCCCAGAAGUAGAGGAAACUGUAGAGCCUUUUAACUAAUCCUAUC